AAGCCUAGUCCUCCAGCUUUAGUGACUGACUGCAUGCGAGUGUGUGGGACAGCCUCUACCCUCCCACGGCCGCUCUGCGCCAACAAGAAUAAGUUUAUUCACCGUCCCGUUGCUGAUUUCUAUUUGUUGGCCACUAACUGCGUAUCUACUCAGUUUUAGGAAUGCCAUGGCUACUCCGAACAACCAGGAUUACUUCAGGUCGGUCAGUAACGAGUCCACCACAUACAUGAUGGUUCCGGCGAACAGUCGCGUCCGAGACUCGCCGUCAAAGUUAUGGAUCGCGAUGGUGGUGAUCGUGGUGGUCGUGCUGCAGAUCGCUUCGACCACUGGACUCUUUGUCUACUUAAACAUGUCUUUAUCGCAGGUUAAAAAUCAGGGGGUUACGGAAGAGCUGCGGUGCUUGGGCUUGCUCAACGCCCUGGAUAAAGACCGGGACAUUCCCGAAGACCUGGCCCAACUGUUUGGAGAACCUUGCAUCAAGCUAGCGGAGGGUAUCAAAGCCUAUAUUUCCAAGGUUACAGACAGUAUAAUCUCCAAACAGGCUUUACACGAAGCAAGAGCCAUGCCCCAUUCAUAUAAUACAACAGGGUCAAAGUUUAUGACCACAGUGACACAGCGACCAUCAGCCCACCUGACCCUUAGCAGCACGCCAAGUGGUACUCAAUACUUCACCCCUCAACCAGACCUGCACCAGUCCUGCCGCCACCCUGUACGUUCCUGGGCCAACCAGAGCUUCGGCGCCCAUCUGCACAACAUGACGCUGGCCAACGGACGCCUUCGCGUACCCCAGGACGGCCGCUACUACCUGUACUCCCAGGUGUACUUCCGCUACCCCUCUCCCAGCGAGGGCGAUCAGAACAGCGUUAGCCACCAGCUGGUUCAGUGCAUCUAUAAGAAAACCUCCUACCUGAGGCCGAUUCAGCUGCUGAAGGGAGUGGGGACUAAAUGUUGGGCUCCAGACGCAGAAUACGCCCUUCACUCGGUGUACCAGGGCGGCCUGUUUGAGCUGCGAGCAGGCGACGAGGUCUUUGUGUCCGUCUCAUCUCCCACAAUGGUGUACGGCGAGGACUCUUCUAGCUACUUCGGAGCGUUCCGUCUGGACCUGUAAGAACAUAUCAGAGGUGCUAAACCGGGACUAUAUCACCCACUGGGUGGAUCAUUUUGGGGCUGUGACCCAAAGACUUCAUCGUUCAACUUUCCUUUCUUUAAGACUUGAAUAUGUGAAGGAUGUGUGAAUGAGAGACAUUUCAGUUGUUUCUUUUAAAGACAGAGGAAUGUAUGUAUAUUUUUACAGAUCACAUCAAAGAUGUGAAUCUUUGAAACGGUAGCAAAACAGGAGAGAGAAAAGCUCACACAAAGUGAAUCUGUGCCAAUGGAGGAUAGGGUCUGACUUGUGCGCUCGUCCGCUGGAGGGGAAUAUUUUUGUGUGCAGCGGAUCUAAAACAGUUUUAAAAACAGACAUCUGAGAAGAGAAUGAUGACAGCGGGAAUGUGGAGGAAAGAAAGAUGACAGGGCAAGUAUGCAGCUCUACCAGCCUCGAAGGAGCAUCCUGGCAGGUUGCAGGACUGCGGAAUUCUCCCCGUCCCGUCGGACCAGCGGAGCAACAUGCCUGGACAAAGAAAGAACCUAAAAAAGUCCACAUAAACACAGAAGAAUUCAGCUUCCUGCAUAGAUUGUAUUUACGAAACACCCAUUCUAUUGAGUAUUUAAUGGCUUCCACGCAUACAAAACACAGCAAUAAGAUAAAACACAAACAUUUAGUCUCAGAUAACAAUCAUUUUGACAAGUCUCCCUCUGCUGUCUGGUCCGGGGUGCAGGAGGAAGUGCUGUCAGGGAGACACGUGCUUCCCGGCUCACGUGGUGCUGGCCAUAUGAAAGGUUAAAUAAACACUACGCUACACGGUUUGUUGAAAUGUCGCGCUUAUAUGAUGCUUUGUUUUUACUGCACGCACAUACAAAAACACACUCCAAGUGCCCACAAAAACACCUUGGAAGAUGGUACAUCCAUCUCUUUCUCUAUGUGGUUGGUUGGUUCAACCUGUGUAUAUAAUUGUAGGCUUGGAAAUGAAUGUAAUGUUCUCUCAUGAAAAUCCCACAAAAUGAGCCUCCCGCUGUAAACGUAAACGGCGUGAAGUUCUCCAAAUGAAACGGCGCUGUGAAGCUCAAUACAAGCCUGUUUUUUUCCGAGGGAAGAGAGGGUGGGGGUGAUUACUUUCCACUGUAAAUGAUCAAGUGCUGUCACAAUGGUGUUUCUGAGAGCGAGCACAAACACUCGCUUGGGUUUCAUUGUAAACCACGAGCAUGUUUUCUUCUCUCUGGACUCUGCCCCGGUUUUUAACUGAUAAAGUCAGUGAGCUAAAAGGGCCCCUGCCAAGACAGUGCCUUAAAUCACAUUAUACAACAAGAGCGAGGGAGCCAUGACUCUUUGUGGCAUUUAGCUACAGACAUGAUGUUAGUUAUACCACAUGUUCCAAAACUUCAUUCCAUCUGACUCUUAUCUGCAAUUUGUCUGGAUUAAGAAACUUGUAUGUUGAUUUAAUCCGAAAGGGGAGACAAAAAAGUUAUUUCUCAGCAGGUUAACGCUUGUGUCUCAUAAUGCCAAAAUUUCCUCGUACAGGGUGCUUUUUUAUGUCUAAGGGAAUGUGAUGUCAGAUACCACUAGGUUUUGUGUGUAAAAGUGCCUUUGGGUUGUUGUUUUGCACUGAUCUGAAAGCACCACCACCGAUCUAAACUCUUAACUUUCACCAUGUUAAGGGAGGUUCAAAGUAUGUUUUAGAUCAGUGUUGAAGUCAUACAUGAUCUCAUCAAUUAUACUUCAUUAACCGCAUCAUUUGGCGGCCCAGUGAAAACUCAUACAUCGUCCGCUUGGCGAAAACUUGAAUGUUUUCUCAUUUUCUCACACUAAUGUAAUUUUAAACCUGUAUGACUUUCUGUCUUCUGUGGAACAUUUUGAAAAAAAAAAAUUUGUUUAUACAGUGAAUAAGUCUACGGGGUCCAAAACAACGGCAGACUCUGGAUAUAAGGUUUAUAAUGAAAUGAGGGUGAAUAAAUGACAGAAUUUUCAUUUUGGGGUUAACUUUUCCCUGAAGGAGUCUGGAUGAUCCUACCAAUUCGCACUGACCGAGCUCAUUAUCCCCGUCAAUCUGCUCCGGCCCGCCCAGGGUCUUGUGUGAGUGUGCACAUGUGUAUAUAAGUUGAAAUAUGUACCUAUCUGUACAACAUGGGGGUCGUAGUGGGGUGAGGGGUGGCGUGGAAAGAGAAAUAUGUCUAAAUUCCAGCAGAUCUAGACGGAUUACAGCAGGACUUGCCCUCUGAACCACAAAGGACCACAAUGUGAACACAGAAGACAAAUGUAUGUUAGGUGCGUAUAUACGUGAGUUUGUGUUUUUUAAUUAAAUGCUUGACUGGUUUCUGAAACAGUGGAUGUGAUGGUUUGCAUACUUUAAAUCUCAGAGCUUUGCCGAGAUUUUACGGGACUGCUGUGAAAAACUUGAGCGGGGCAGAACACAGUGAAAUCCAGUGAGCAACAUGAACUGUCAGCUGAAACAAAAAGACUAUUGUGUUUCCUUUUCCAAUGAGUGGUUUUGUUUUUUCUUUGGGAUUGUUAAAUUCUCUGACCACCAAACUGUGGGACUGUUUUUCCAUUUAAAGAAAGAUGCUAUGCACUGUUUACCAAUGUUGCGUCUCCAUCUUGGUAAGAAUGUACUGAUAUCUCACACACUCUUCCUCUUUACUGUAUAAUUUUACAAUGUCUGACCUGUGUACUUAAAGCUUAAGUCUGAGGUGUCAUUUCCAACAAUUAAAGUGCCUUUUUAAUGAA